AUGGCCUUGCACAAUUAUAUCUAUCUAAAACAUAAGUCGCACGACCCAGAAUGCCAUACGCUCAUCGCCAGAGAGCACGAUAACCGGCCCUUGCCAAGUAUUCUGAGAGAGACGGAAGUGGUGGCAAAUGAAGUUCAAACUGUUGCUGUGGAAAAUACCAAAGGCACGGCCGCGGUAGAACAUCAACGGCAGAAAGCAGAAGCUAAGCUAGGGAAAGAGUGCUGUGGAAAAUGCAAGGGCGACUGUGCGGGCAGUGGGCAGGUGAGCCAAACCACCAGACAGCUGGCAGAUAUGCACUGGUAG